AUGCCUGAGUCUCCUCUGAGUCCCCCGGCAGCCCGUCAAACCGCAGCCAGCAGUCUCCUCAGCCACACACACGUCGGUGCAGGAGAGAGAGCAGCUAAUGGGGACUCCUGCAGUCGAGUGAGCGCUGAAAACUGGCAGAGUCUCCACCGUAAACAGGUGUUUCUGGCGAUGAUGGCACCUCAGCAGAUGCAGCAGCUCCUGUCCCCAAACCAGCUGCAGGCUCUGAUCCACCAGAAGCAGCAGGCCCUUCUGCUACAGCAGCAACAUUUGAAGGAGUUUUACAAGAAGCAACAACAGAUUCAUCUGCAGCUGCUUCAACAGAAGCCCAGCAAGAAAGUGGUGAAAGAGCUCCCUGCUCAGCAGCUUGUGUUCCAGCAGCUCCUCCAGCUCCAGCAGCAGCAGCAGAUCCUCCGGGCGCAGAGACCCGUCCUCUCCUCCGCUGCCCUCCCCCCAGCAGGUUUCAGCCCUGCAGAGAUGCUGCAGAUAUGGAAAGAGCUCACACAUGGAAUAACUGAAGAUAAAAUGACAUCAAAGGCCGAUCAGGACUCUUCUGCUUACAACAUGAUGUCAGCUAAAGUCACCGGGAGGCCGAGCGGUGACCAGCAGUCUGCUUCUCCUCGCAGCGCAGAAUGUGCCGUCAAAGCUGAUCGCGCUGCCACACACACUCUCUACGGGCACGGGGUGUGUAACUGGCCUGGAUGUGAGUCGCUGUGUGAAAACGUCAGCCAGUUCAUCAAGCACAUAGGCAGGGAGCACACUCUGGAUGACAGGAGUACGGCGCAGUGCAGAGUCCAGAUGCAGGUGGUGCAGCAACUUGAGCUCCAGCUCUGCAAAGAACGGGAGCGUCUGCGAGCGAUGAUGGCUCACCUGCAUCUGCCAUCUUUAGAGUCUCAGUCGAUCUCUGCACCCCCGAGUCGCUGGUCGCCACAAUCUGACACGGCCAAUCACCCACACCUUCAGCUCAGUUCAGUUUCUGCCAGCGACAACCUGCCCUCGCUGAGCCCCUCGGACCCCCCCCAGUUGUGCCCUCGAACUCUGGCUCCUGUCAGUACUUCAUUCCAGGGGAGUGAGGAAGAUCUGACCAAUCACACGUCCUGUGCUGGGGCUAUAAGAAUUCGCCAUCACCCUUUGGUCUACUCCCUGUCCUCAGAAAAUGAAUAUGAGCUCUACAAGAACAAUGAUAUCAGACCGCCUUUCACCUAUGCAACACUGAUAAGACAGGCUAUUAUGGAAACAUCCGACAUGCAGCUGACCCUGAACGAGAUUUACAACUGGUUCACGCGGAUGUUUGCUUAUUUCAGACGCAACGCUGCCACUUGGAAGAACGCGGUGCGCCACAACCUGAGCCUGCACAAGUGUUUUGUGCGUGUGGAGAAUGUGAAAGGCGCCGUGUGGACGGUGGACGAGCUGGAGUACCAGAGGAGGAGAUCCCAGAAGAUCACAGGGAGUCCAUCGCUGAUUAAAAAUGCGUCCUCCAACCUUGAUUAUGGGACCGUCGUGAAUGGCAGCUUACAGACGUCCCUGGCUGAGGGUUCACUGCCAGGAUUCAAGGAGUGUGUCAGCAGAAACUCCAGGAGUGAAAUACAUGAGAACAAAACAAUAAACAGCCACAAUAAACACAACUUCUCUACAAGAGUCCAGCAGUCUCUUUUCCUUAAAGAAGAAGCGCUGAAUCUGAACGAGGAAGAGUCUCUGAUGCCAGCAGUUAAUGCAGCCGGUCUGCAGCACGACGCGACUGAAGACGACGAAGAGCAUUUGUUUGACCUUGAAUGA